CACGCACGCACGCACGCAGACCCCUGGCAGCUCCGGCAACAGAGACAUCUGCUCUCCAUUGCGACCACCCCCCUCCAGCAAACACCCUUCCCCUUACUGCUCCUCCUCCCUUCCCGCUCCGGCUCGCAGCUCGGCUCGCACCCGCCGCUUCCUUUCUUCCAACGAUGUUUUCCUGCUCCACGGGGCGAAGUGUUUGAUGAACUUUCCUAACAGUUUGGGGGGCGGGCGGGAGGAUCCUGAGGCUUUUUUCCUUCUCCCCCCGCCCCGCCCGGAGCAGGUUGGGGGGCACCGAGCAGAGGAGGGAUCCGCGCCCCGGGCGCAGGUCGCACACACACGCGUCCUUUGGCGGAGAGGAAACCCUUGCACCACGGCUCCGCCAACUUCGCCGGCUGCAGGGGCUCCCGCUGUGGAAAUGGGUCGGAUCAGAUGGGGCUUUCUCCUCCUCGCUGCCUGUGCACUUUUGUCGCCAGGGCUCGCAGCCUCCGAAAAGGGGAGGCUAAGGAGGAUCACGUACGUCCUGCAGCCCGGCCGGGGGGCCUCCUCUGGCAGCCGGCAGCAGCGCCCGACCCUCCUCGGGGGGGAGCAGCAGCAGCGCACCUUCAAUGUGCAGCUGAACACGCGCUACGGCGGCGGCCCCCUGGAGCGGACCCGGCGGAUGAGCAAGCCGGGCAGCGCCGCCGUCCAGCUCCGCUUGGGCCCCGCCGGCCAGGUCCACCCCAACUCCGCCGCUCACGCCUCCUCCUUCGCCAAGCCGGCCCGCUUCGGCCCGCGGCUCAAGGCGCCGCCGGGCCCCCACGGCAACAGCAGCGCCGCCCUGCCCCUCCGCCAGAAGCAGCAGCAGCUGCCGCCGCUGCCGGGGUAA